CGGGGGUCGCUGGGAAGGUCAUGGAGGGCGCGACUUCCGGUUUAGCUUCUGAGAGGUGAUUGCCGUUCUCCCUCGCAUCCUUCCAGACCCCGGUUGCCCUCCGCCUCCGCCAUUCGCCCGGUGGGAGCGGGAGGCCGGGCGAUGGAGACGGAGUAUGACGGAGGGGAGCCCUCAGAUGACGGUGGAGCCACACCAGUACAGGAUGAGCGUGAUUCAGAAUCAGACAUGGAAGAUAACGGGAACGAGCAACUCUCCGGAUCAGAGAAUGGAAGCAUAGGACAACAUUCGGAGAAUGAACUCAGUGAUGGAGAAGAUGAUAGACAGACUAGAGGAGACCCUCUGACAGAUUCUGAAAAUGAAGAUACUCCAAGGCAAAAACAUAGUGAUUCAGAAAAUGAGGAGGCUCCAAAUCAUCAUGCCAGUGAUUCAGAAAUUGAAGGCGUUUCUAGAGGUAAAGACAGUGACUCUGAUAAUGAGGAUCACCCUGUUCAUCGUGGUAGUGACUCUGAGAAUGAGGACGCUGCAAAUAAUCAGGUCAGUGAUUCUGAAUCUGAGGCGCCUCCUAAAGUCCACGACAGUGAUUCUGAAACAGAAGAACCCGAAAAGCACUUGGCUAGUGAUUCUGAAAAUGAGGGAUCACAUAAAGCUAAUACAAGUGACUUAGAAAAUGAGGAGCCACAGAAACAUCUGGCCAGUGAUUCAGAAAAUGAAGAGCCUGAAAAAAAUAAUGAUACUGACUCAGAGAAUGAAAUGGCUCCAAAACCUCUUGCCAGUGACUCUGAAAAUGAGGAGCCAAAGCUUCAGGCCAUUGACUCUGAAACAGAAGAUGAUCCCAAAAACAAACUGAAAACAGAAUCAGAUGACAGCAGUAUUAAAAAUAAGGAAAAAGAGGAAACACAGAAUGCUGCUGAAUUUUCAGAUAGUGAUCAACUAGGAAAAAGACUUCAUGGUUCUGAUAGUGAGGAAGAAGACAGUCCUAAAAAACGGAAGAUAGCUGACAGCGAUGAGGAAGAAGGGAAAGAGGAGGAAAAAUCGACGAAGAGGAAAGCUACUGUUCUCUCUGACAGUGAGGAUGAUGAAAAAACAUCUGCGAAAAAAGGACGCAUAAUCUCAGAUAGUGAAGAAUCAGAUAGUGAUACUGCAACUGAGAAAUAUGAGAAGCAAAAGAAACCUGUAGCUUCGGAUAGUGAAGAAGAUGAUGACAAGGUGGAUGAUGGGAAGAAGAAGGAAGAGAAAGAUCUUUUUGGAAGUGAUAGUGAGUCAGGAAAUGAACAAGAAAACCUCAUAGCAGAUAUAUUUGGAGAAUCUGGAGAUGAAGAGGAAGAGGAAUUUACAGGGUUUAAUCAGGAAGAUUUAGAAGAAGAGAAAGGUGAAAGGAAAGGAGCAGCAGAUGAUUCGGACUCUGAUGACAAUAUCAAAAGAGGAAAACAUAUGGACUUCAUGUCAGAUUUUGACAUGAUGUUACAACGGAAGAAGAGCAUGAGUGGCAAACGUCGUCGCAACCGUGAUGGUGGGACUUUCAUUAGUGAUGCUGAUGAUGUAGUCAGUGCAAUGAUUGUUAAGAUGAAUGAAGCAGCAGAGGAAGACAGGCAGCUGAAUACACAGAAGAAACCAGCUUUAAAAAAGUUAACUUUGCUUCCAACUGUAGUUAUGCACCUUAAAAAGCAGGAUCUGAAGGAAACUUUCAUUGACAGUGGAGUGAUGUCAGCUAUUAAAGAGUGGCUUUCUCCACUACCAGACCGGAGCCUUCCAGCACUAAAAAUUCGAGAGGAGCUUCUGAAAAUUCUCCAAGAGUUGCCUAGUGUGAGCCAGGAGACUUUAAAGCACAGUGGAAUUGGGCGUGCAGUGAUGUAUCUCUACAAACACCCUAAGGAGUCACGACCUAAUAAAGACAUGGCUGGAAAACUAAUUAAUGAGUGGUCUCGACCUAUUUUUGGUCUAACGUCAAAUUACAAGGGAAUGACUAGAGAAGAAAGAGAACAGAGAGAUCUGGAGCAGAUGCCACAAAGAAGGAGGUUGAGCAGUUCUGGUGGCCAAACACCCCGCAGAGACUUGGAGAAGGUGUUAACAGGAGAGGAAAAAGCUCUUCGGCCUGGUGAUCCAGGAUUUUGUGCUCGUGCUAGAGUUCCCAUGCCCUCCAACAAGGAUUAUGUGGUGAGGCCAAAGUGGAAUGUGGAAAUGGAAUCUUCCAGGUACCAGGCAAGCUCUAAGAAAGGGGUCAGCCGCCUGGACAAGCAGAUGCGCAAGUUCACAGACAUCAGGAAAAAAAGUAGAACAUCUCAUGCUGUGAAAAUCAGCAUAGAAGGCAAUAAGAUGCCAUUGUGACUGUACCUAGAUUCAUCUUUGAACUUUCUGGAUCUGCUAUAAAAUCUGCACCUACAGGACUCUUGCAAGAUGUCUACCUUUUUAAAGAAAACUUUGGUUUUUUUAAGUGUGUCUUCAAAUUGUUUCAGUUGGUUGUAAUACAUGUUUGACUGUGGGUUUUGAACCCUGGUACAUUGUCUAUUAUGAUUGUAUUUAACCAUGACCUCUUGUGUCCUUUGUACAGAUGAAACCUUGUAUUGCUACAGACCUCAGACAUUAAAAUCUCUUUCAGAUGUG